AUUCGAUUCUAUUCCUCGUAUAAUAACUAUUAAAUCGGGAAACACAUUACAUAUAAAUAAAAACCAAACUCUACGCGUACGAUUCACUUCACUCCUUCGCUUGAUCUGGAUUUUUGGUGAAAUUACAGUUGUUGAUCGGUGCUCCGGCGCUUUCGUUUUGCGAAAGAAUCUUCUUUGAUCAGGUUUCUGUUGGUGAAAUUUACAGAGGAACAAGAUGGUUGUUCUCGCGGCUUCCAUUAUAAGUAAAUCUGGCAAAGCACUUGUUUCGAGGCAGUUUGUUGACAUGUCACGUAUAAGAAUUGAGGGAUACCUUGCAGCUUUCCCCAAAUUGGUUGGAAUAGGAAAGCAACAUACUUACAUCGAGACCGAAAAUGUCCGAUAUGUUUAUCAGCCGAUAGAGUCUCUAUACUUGCUUCUUGUUACAAAUAAACAGAGCAAUAUUCUCGAGGAUUUGGAGACACUGCGCCUCCUCUCAAAGCUUGUGCCCGAGUACUCUUAUUCACUAGAUGAAGAGGGCAUUGGCAGGACAGCUUUCGAGAUUCUUUUUGCAUUUGAUGAAGUAAUCUCACUUGGGCACAAAGAAAACGUCACAGUCGCACAAGUGAAACAGUAUGGUGAGAUGGAAAGUCACGAGGAAAAAUUGCACAAGCUGGUCUUACAAAGCAAGAUCAACGAGACCAAGGAUGUCAUGAAGCGAAAGGCUAGUGAGAUUGACAAAAGCAAGAUUGAGAAGAAUAGAGGUGAGAAGGGAGGAUUUAUGUCGUUGCAGUCAAUGAGUUCAAGAAUCGAGAGUGGUUUUGGCAGUGAGAACAGCAUAUCUAGUACUGGUGGUGGUUUUGGAGGUGGUUCUGGCUUUGGAGUGAGUACUGAAGUGGAAUCUUUCGCUUCGAAGCCCAAAGGUCGUGCACCAGCAUCUGCUUCAGCUCCAUCAAAAGGUCUUGGUAUGCAGCUAGGAAAAACACAAAGGGCCAACCAAUUUUUGGAGUCUCUCAAAGCUGAAGGUGAAGUAAUUGUCGAAGAUGUGAGACCAACUAGCAUCGGUCAAACAAAAGCAGCUGCACCACUGCCGAUCGAUCCCGUCACAUUAACUGUCGAAGAAAAGCUUAACGUAACAUUAAGGCGUGACGGUGGUAUUGGUAACUUCGAUUUGCAGGGUACUCUGUCUCUCCAAAUACUUAACCAAGAAGAUGGACUCAUCCAAGUUCAGAUUGAAACUGGUGGUAAUCCAGGAAUUCUAUUCAAAACACACCCGAAUAUUAACAAGGAACUGUAUUCUGGUGAAAAUAUAUUGGGUCUCAAGGAUCCAAAUCGCCCUUUUCCCGCGGGUCAGGGCGAUGGCGUUAGCUUGUUGAAGUGGAGAAUGCAAAGUGCCGAUGAGUCCCUUGUUCCAUUGUCAAUUAAUUGCUGGCCUUCUGUUUCGGGGAAUGAAACCUACGUGAAUCUGGAGUACGAAGCUUCGUCAAUGUUUGUUUUAAAAAAUGUUGUGAUUUCGAUUCCUCUUCCAGCUCUUAGAGAGGCACCCAAAGUACAACAAAUAGACGGGGAAUGGCGGUACGAUUCAAGAAACUCGAUUCUGGAGUGGUCGAUUGUGCUCAUUGAUAACUCGAACUGCAGUGGAUCGAUGGAGUUUGUUAUUCCUGCAGUAGAUACAUCGGAUCUUUUCCCGAUUUCUGUGAGCUUUACUUCUACAAGCACUUUCAGCGAUCUAAAGGUGGUUACGAUUUUGCCACUGAAAGGAGGCAACCCGCCAAAGUUUUCGCAGAGAACUCUGCUAUCUACAGAAACCUAUCAAGUUGUUUGAUUAUUGGGAUUUGCCUCUCUCAUAAUCUUGAACAAUCUAAUUUUGCUGCAUUUUGAAUUCUUUCUCUUUCAUUUUAAUUUUAUUUUUUACUUUUAUUUUAUAAAUAAAUAAUAGGUAAGUCUUUGCUGGUCAGACAUUUUUUAUUUUACAUGUGAAGGGAUUAAGAUUACAUCUUAUAUAUAUACAUUUAAAACAUUUUAUUGUAGUUCAAUCUUACUAAUGAGAUUCUUGACUCGAUAAAGUUGCGUUUCGG